AGGGGCUAUUUGCUAAACAUCGCCGAGUGCUUCGAAGGAAGAUCUAGUGGGCCGUAAAAUCGAUAAACUCUUCGCUCACAGAGGGGUAUUUGCACGGCCACGCGUACUCCAUCGCGUUGAAAACCGCACAGUCCGGAGUUGAAUUCUUAUCUCCCAUUCGAGGCGGUUCGGCUAUGGUUGUGUUAUUUCAUAAGAGCACCAUAAUGUUGAUAUAAUUAGGUGCUUAUUGGAGUUCUAUAGGAUUGUUAUGUUAAUCUUGAUAGAGAUUAAUGUUAAUAAACUCUAAUUAUAUUUCCUUUCGGGAAAUGUUUCUCAAAUAAGCGGGCGAUGUGGGUUGGUGAUUUGAUUGGUUGUGCUGUGGCGAUUUUGAGCACAAGAGAGUCCGCCAAAGCAUGCACGGUCUUAAGCUGAAUGAUUUGACUUUGUGAUUCUCAAUUUGUGCUGGUGCAAGGUUUCUUGGGGAGAUUACAAUCUGAUCGAACAUCCAACUCGAAGCUUAUCAUUUGACUACAAUCAGAUAUACACAGCAUAUUUCGACAUGGAAACAACCGAUUCGUACAGCGCAUCUGAAAGAACAUGCGCAUCUUCAUACAGCAUUUGUGACAUUUUGGGAAUAAGAAAAGAACCCAAACAAGAGGAAUCCACGGAGGAAAGUGGUGACGAGGAAAACAACAACUUAGCAGUGGAUAUGAAAAUCGAGAAAUUCACCGAAUUCGAAAAGCCUGAAGAGUCGGUCAACAUCGAGUCUGACUCCUUGAAAGCAUCUAAAUGCGCAGACUCCAAAUCACCGUCUACUACUGGCUCAGAGAACGUAGAUAUCGACGAGGACUCCUCGGCAAAUGCGGCCAAGAAAAAGAAGACACGGUACCGCACAACUUUCAGCCAGUACCAGAUAGAGGAGUUGGAGAGAGCGUUCGACAAAGCUCCCUACCCAGACGUCUUUGCGAGGGAGGAGUUGGCGGCUAAACUAGGUCUCACGGAGGCUAGAAUACAGGUUUGGUUCCAGAAUCGUCGUGCCAAAUGGCGAAAACGCGAGAAGCUCUGCGGCUACGCCGGACCAGGCUUUCCGUAUCCAUGGUUACACGAUUCCUAUGCAGCCUCGCCUGCACAUUCCUUUUACUACCCAACACCGACCCUAUCUACCCCCCCACGUGAGCUUUGCUCCGCAUAUCUACCACCAAGCUUUCAGCACACAGGAUACCCACAUUACAAACCGGCUCUCGCCGCCUCGCUUAGCACACGCGCAUUGAGCUCGUGUCCAGGCUCUCGCGACUGUAGCUGCUGCAGCAGUCUUUACCCUGGAAGCCAAUCAAUCGGACCAUAUAUGAUGUUACCAAACUGUCGCCAUGACAACGACACGUCACGAAGCGAGAAGGUGGAGUUGAAUAGCGAAGAUGCUGUCGGUAAAACCAACCGCGCAUCGAGUAUCGCCUCUCUGCGCAUGCGUGCUAAAGAACACGAGAUGAGUCUGCUGCACUAUGUCAGCGGUAGCACUUGAUAACGCCAAGAUUCACCAAUACUUUUCUUUAGUACAGACGCCAGUAUAACUCGUAGCUUAACAGAGCGCGAUAUUUUUCAUAGACUACUAGGAGGCAUGUACUGAAGAUGUUUAUACUUGUGUAUAUUGAGUGGUCCAAAUACUACGAGGAUUUAAUGCUUACUUUAGCAAUAACAGCAGGCUCGCAUCCUCGAGUAUGCGGUGUUCUUGUUCCAAGAAAAAAAUAAUUUUCCGUUAUCAAAACUCCUGACAUCUGCUCACAGCAGUAAUAUGUAUAAAAUAUGUUUAUCUAAAAUAAAAUAAUAUUAUAUUACUAA